AUGGUAGACCAUGACGAGCCGCGACUGCGCCGGGCUCUUGCCGUGGCGGAGCAUCUGGAAGUAGCACCCGAGGAGAUCGCCGCUGCUCGGAGGAUGCUUGAGUUCGAGAUCAACAAGCUACUUCUCGUAGAUGCCAAGCAGAUGCGCGCCUCCAUCCGGCAGCUCGCCCUGCGCGUAGCAGAGGCGGAGCGACAGCAGAAGCCGCCGGAGGAGUUUGAGGCCGCCCAGAAGAGAGGCUUGCUCGGUGGGCCCUCGCAACAGGUGUCUGGGCAGUUGGUCGGAAGGCAAAAGAGCCCCCACACGGGCAUUGAGUUCCAGGUGCCAGUGCAGCCGACAGCUGCUGCCUCUGCCCAGGUCCGGAAGGAAGCACCGGCUGAGCACAGGUCCGUUGUCCGAUCGACUCUUUUUGCCGCUAUGCACGGAGCAGCUCAACGUCUCCUUGAGAAGAAGGAUUUCAAGGAAUUGGACACCGAUGGUGAUGGCCUAGUCUCGCAGAAGGAGCUCGACUCUUCUUUGGCCGACAUGAAAGUUGAAGGCCAGGAGAUGGAACAAGCAAGGCAGCAGAUAUUGCAGCAAGCGGACACGGACGGCGAUGGCGUACUCUCCCAGGAGGAGUUUGAGCGCGCCAAGGCCGAGGUUUCAAAGAAACAGACGUCCGAGUACUCCGAGAAAAAGCUGCUGGUCCGCAGCAUCCUCGGCGGCACUUACUCUGAUGCCUCCAAGCGACUUCUGCGGACCAAGACGUUCCAGGAGAUGGACAAGGACGGCGAUGGACGGAUUUGUGAGGAGGAGGUCGGCGCGGCUCUCACGAGCAUGGCGGUGAGCGGAGAGGAGGCCGUGCAGGCGAGAGCCGAGCUAAUGCAGCAAGUCGACAAAGACGGCGAUGGCAAAAUCUCGCAGGAGGAGUUGCAGCAGGCCAAGGCGGAAGCCGAAGCAGAAGCUCCGACGACGACUCCCGAGCCGAGAUCAUUGACUCGCAGCCUGCUGGCCUUGACCUACUCCGACAUUGCCAAAAGACUUCUGGAACAGAAGAGCUUCAAGGACUUGGACAAGGAUGGAGAUGGAUGUGUGACCAAGGAGGAGUUGGAUGCGAACUUGGCAGACAUGAAUGUAAGUGGUGAGGAAGCGGCGAAAGCAAACAAGGAAAUCAUGCAGAUGGUCGACAAG